AUGAAACCAAAGCUGCUUUUGUUGAUACUAUUGGCCAAUAUCGUCGCAAAUUUUUCAUCUCCUUUCAACAGUUCUAUUACGUUGACAGUAGUGAGUGACGAAGCCUACACAAAGUGGGUUAAACAAAUGGGUGGUGGUUGCUCUUUCAAGCACUCUGAUCUCUUCGACAGAGCAAAAAACAAGUUUAAACCUUGCAAAACCAUAAAAGUUGAUAAAAACCCAAGAUUAGGAGACUUUGUUUCGGUGCAAAAGGCUAUAAAUUCACUCCCACUCGUUAAUUUCUGCCGGGUUGUUAUCUCCAUUAGUGCAGGGACUUACAGGGAAAAGGUUGAAAUUCCGGCAACCAUGUCGUACGUUUGCCUGGAAGGAGCUGAUGCAGAGAAGACGAUAAUCCAGUGGGACGACACGGCGGACCGGAUUGGACAGAAUGGGCAGCCAUUGGGAACCUAUGCGUCUGCAACAUUUGCCGUUAAUUCUCCUUACUUCAUCGCCAAAAAUAUCACCUUCAAGAAUAAUGCUCCAUCACCACCAUCAGGCGCCCUCGGAAAGCAAGCGGUAGCCCUACGAAUCUCGGCCGACACGGCGGCUUUCAUAAGUUGCAGGAUAAUCGGAGCACAAGACACCCUUUAUGAUGACAGAGGCAGACACUACUUCAAAGACUGUUACAUCCAAGGUUCUGUGGAUUUCAUCUUCGGCAACGGCCUCUCACUCUACGAGAGAUGCCAUCUACAUGCCAAAACCAAUAGCUAUGGAGCCUUGACAGCCCAGAAGAGGGAGAGCUCGCUUGAGGAAACGGGCUUCUCCUUUGUUCAUUGCAGGGUUACAGGGUCAGGUGCACUCUACCUGGGCAGGGCCUGGGGAAGUUUCUCUAGGGUGGUCUUUGCUUAUACUUACAUGGAUAAAAUCAUCACCCCUAGAGGGUGGUACAAUUGGGGAGACAAGACCAGGGAAAUGACGGUAUUUUAUGGGCAAUUCAAGUGUUCAGGACCAGGGUCUGAUUUUGGAGGGAGGGUGUCAUGGUCCAGGCAGCUCACUCAACAAGAGGCUGAACCAUUUAUUUCGCUCGACUUCAUUGAUGGACACGAAUGGUUGUGCUAA